AUGAGUGAACUUGUCGGUGCGGCCAUUGGGUCGGUGGCGACGGCCGCCUCGAGCGUUGGCUGGUUCGUGCCGAUGCUGGUCGCGGCGAUCGCGUACUUCCAGUACGAGGAGUUCAUGGAUCCGGAGGCGCGCGUCAUCGACGUGCCGACCGAGGUGAUGCUGGAUAAGUACGACUUCAUCAUAAUAGGUGCCGGGUCGGCCGGGGCCGUUCUGGCUAAUCGUCUAACGGAGGUGGAAAAUUGGAACGUGUUGCUGCUGGAGGCGGGAGGUGACGAGACGGAGAUAUCGGAGGUACCGUUGAUGGCCGGUUACCUGCAACUGAGCAAACUCGACUGGAAGUACAAAUCGGAACCUUCGGGAACGUUCUGUUUAGGCAUGAACGGAGGUCGAUGCAAUUGGCCCCGGGGGAAAGUACUCGGUGGGUCGAGCGUACUCAACUACAUGCUGUACCUGCGCGGCAACAAGAAGGACUACGACAACUGGGAGUCGAUGGGCAACGCCGGUUGGGGCUACAAGGAUGCGCUGUACUACUUCAAGAAAUCGGAGGACAACACCAACCCGUACCUGGCGAACACUCCGUACCACGCAACGGGUGGCUAUCUGACGAUUGGAGAAGCACCAUACCAUACGCCACUAGCGGCGGCCUUCGUGGAGGCGGGUGUCGAGAUGGGGUACGAAAAUCGGGACCUGAAUGGCGCUAAGCAGACCGGAUUCAUGAUCGCACAGGGUACGAUCCGUCGUGGGGGACGUUGCAGCACGGGCAAGGCGUUCCUCAGGCCGGCCCGCCUGCGCACCAACCUACACGUGGCCAUGUUUGCGCACGUAACGCGCGUCAUGAUCGAUCCGAUCAGCAAGAUCGCCUUCGGCGUCGAGUUUCUGCGGGACCGUAAGAUCCACCAUGUGCGAGCCUCGAAGGAGGUAAUCGUGUCCGGAGGCUCGGUAAACUCACCGCAGAUAUUGAUGCUUUCGGGCAUCGGUCCGAAAAGCGAACUGGCAAAGCACCGGAUACCGCUGAUCAAGGAUCUUCCGGUUGGCGAGAACCUGCAGGAUCACAUCGGGCUCGGCGGGUUGACGUUUAUGGUGAACCAACCGGUGUCGAUCGUGGAGAACCGGUACCACUCGAUGUCGACCGUGCUGCAGUACGCCGUGCUCGGCCAGGGUCCGCUGACCAUUCUCGGUGGCGUCGAGGGGCUGGCGUUCGUCAACACCAAGUACGUGAACGCCUCGGACGACUAUCCGGACAUCGAGUUUCACUUCGUGUCCGGCUCGACGAACUCGGACGGCGGCAACCAGCUGCGCAAGGCGCACGGGCUAACCGAGGCGUUCUAUAACGCCGUCUUCAAGCCAAUCAACAACAUGGACGCGUGGAGUAUCAUCCCGAUGCUGCUGCGACCGCGCAGUGUCGGCACGAUCAAGCUGCGCAGUGCCAACCCGCUCGACUACCCGUACAUUUAUCCGAACUAUCUGCACGACGAGCACGAUAUGCGGACGCUCGUCGAGGGUGUCAAGAUCGCGUACGCACUGUCGCGCACCCAGACAAUGCAGAAGUACGCCUCCACGCUGAGCGCCUACAAGUUCCCGGGCUGCGGACACAUCCAGAUGUUUACCGAUCUGUACUGGGAGUGCAUGAUACGGCACUAUACCUGCACGAUCUACCACCCGGUCGGUACGUGCAAGAUGGGUCCGUACUGGGACAAGCAGGCCGUCGUCGACCCGCAGCUGCGGGUGUACGGGAUCCGGGGGUUGCGCGUGAUCGACGCCAGCAUUAUGCCAAAAUUAGUCAGUGCCAACACGAACGCACCGGUGAUCAUGAUCGCCGAGAAGGGCGCCGAUAUGAUCAAGGAUUUCUGGAUAAAGCGCGGCGUGGCAUAG